AUGCUGGCCUCGUCGUCUUCUUCAAUAGGAAUACAUCACAUGCAAGGUGAUUUCCCUAGGUUUAACGUCAAAUCCACCCUAGUGCCUUGUACAGACACAAACUAUGUGUUUCUAUAUGGUGGGUUUGAUGAAAACGACAACUUGGACAGCAAUGUAUACCUCUAUAAUAUGACAUCCCGUAUGUGGGAGGUGGACAGUGCCCAUACCGGUCUCUAUCGAGAGGGCCAUCUGGCACUUUACUUAGGUGAUGGAAAUGUGUUUGUUUUUGGCGGAGUACCCGAAGAUGAGGUACCACGACUGGAUCCCCAUGCGGAUGACCUGACUCUUCGGAAAGAUCUGCCAAUGUUGAUGUAUUCGGUGUAUGAUCGUACAUGGCAGAGUGCUCCAUCUCUCUUCCUAGCGAAUGCUCCAUCAUGUCGUUCAAGACAUGCAUGCUGCUUGUCUGAAGAUGGUAGAACUAUAUAUUUGAGUGGUGGACUCAUCAACUCGGCACCGUUGGCUGAUUUGUACAGCUACGACUUGAAGUCUGGCACUUGGCUGGGUCCAGUCGAGUUUGUUGCUAGAUUCGACCACAAGAUAGCCUUCCAUGAUGGCAAAUUGUAUUCAUUUGGUGGACUUGAUGGCGAAAUGAACCAUGUCACCAAUAAAGUUACGUACAUGAACUUGGACGACCUCAGCUUGGUGGAUGUCAUUACCAAAGAGGGCCCGAGGAAAAAGCCCAUCCUCAACUCUAUAUCAGCGGGGGCAGAUUUGUUUGGUGGACCGCUUUCUAUCCCCGAAUACACCAUUCAUCAGGAAAAAGCCGUGGAUGAAGAUACCGAGACGCUUCCAGCUACAUUCGAGAAGAUAUGGCUCGACUCAGGCAAUCCUCUCGUAAAGUUGGAGGUUCGUGUGCCUCCUUGGGGGUGCGAGAGCCACCUUCAAGGUAUCUCGGUCACUCUGACAAAUUUGUCCUCAUAUAGCAGCGUAUCGUUGUUGACGCAACGGGAUAUUGAACGCUACUUCACUCUGAACAACGUGAUAUCGUCUCUUAAUAAUGCUUACCAAUGGAGACAUGCCUUCGUUGUCAAAGACAAUCUCUACUUGCUUGGACAUGCCAAUUUAGAUCCAGAAUCUGCACUUGCGCAGAAUAACUUACUCUCAACGGUGUUGGAGGUCAAUUUGCGAGACUUGGGCAUCGAUAUCCAGUCUGAAACUGAAAAGACCCCUCUCAUCAGUGAUCUUGCAACAUUUUUCUUGAGUGGAGAAUACACUGACUUUGUCAUGUUUGCAUUCAAGGACCAGGAGACUAAGGAUUGCUACGCUUCGAGUGAUCUGAACGCAUCGAUCCUCAUGGAUGAAGGGUUCGUGGCAGAGAACUUGCUUCCAAUCCCCGUACACAAGGCAAUUUUGCUUGCCAGAUGGCCACAUUUCCGCAGGGUUAUAGAUAGCGGAAUGAGUGAGACCCAAUCAGGCCAGCUAUUUGUCCCUGAACCGUUUUCUCCUGUGCGUGCUCUUGUGUACUACUUGUACACUGGAACAUUGGACAAGAACGGAGUGAUGGGACCAAGCUUGACUGCAGUGGAGUAUUCUGCAUUGCUAGUAUUGUCGCAUCUCUAUGAGCUUCCCAAUUUGGCUUCUCAAGUUCUCGUUGUCUUGUUCAAACUGCUCUCAUCUGAUGUGUUCACGUUGCCCGAAGCUUCUACUCCAGAAGAUUUGGAGAAUACAAUCGACUCCAUCUUGCGGAUUUGGCAGAAUUCGCUCAUUCUGAACGAGGAAAUGUUUAUGAGCAAAGUAGAAGAGAUAAUCCACAACCAUUGGUCAAUUGUUUCCCGGUCUCGUCUGUUCAUGAGUUUGUCAAAAAUUCUCAUUGUCAAACUUUGCCAGAACUGCUUUGAUCGGAGAAAUCAUCACAGUCCACCACCCAAACGAGACUCAUUCGACUCUGCAUUCUCUGGCACUCCAUCCCCAGCGGUUCAAUACCGGAAGGAACAUUCCAAUUCUCCUUUCACAAAAACCUUCGACGACGAUUUUGCUUCUCCGCAUGAAUACCUCAGACAUAGCCACAGCUUGUCGUCAUUCCCCGUAUUACAAAACAUCCCCAACAGCUUUAGUGAUUUUUGA